CUCUCACCCCCCCUCCACUGCUGGUGUGAAAGGUGCCGCAUCAUCGCUGUCGCCCGCUAGCUUGUAGCGUUAGCAUCCUCGUCCAACUGUGCCACCCAUCUGGCCGUCCUGUCCUGUCCUCUUCUCUCACUGCGGAGGACUAGAUGAGACUCCGCCCAUAAACGCCAGCCAAUCACCAUGAGCGUCUUGACCCUCUCACCUGUGGCCCCCACCCAGCCGCCCUCCCCCAUGUUGACAUCUACCACGCCCACCCUGGACAGCCACGCCCCCACAGUCCACCUGGAGGGCGGGUCCUCCUUCCCGGGCGGGGUCCCCGGCGAGUGGGCCCCAACAGGCUCCGCCCACAGGUCCAACAAGCCGCCGCCCCUCCACUCGGGCGCCGACUGGAAGGUUCUACUUCACCUGCCUGACAUCCAGACAUGGUUGCGGGCCACCGCCGGCCGGGUGACGCAGCUCUCGCACUCCGUGGGACAAGAUGGCGCCAACAGACACGUGGACGCUCACCUUCUGCAGCUCAAGGACAUCUGCGAGGACAUCUCGGACCAUGUGGAGCAGAUCCACGCUCUGCUGGAGACCGAGUUCUCCCUCAAGCUUCUGUCCUACUCCGUCAACAUCAUAGUCGACAUCAGGACGGUCCAGCUGCUGUGGCACCAGCUGAGAGUCUCGGUCCUGGUUCUGAAGGAAAGACUCCUGCAGGGUCUGCAGGACCCUAACGGAAACUUCACCAGGCAGACCGAUAUCCUGCAGGCGUUCAGCCAAGACCAGCAUCAGUCUCGUCGUCUGGACACCUUGACCGAGGUAGACGACUGCGGUCAGCUGACCAUCCGCUGCAGUCAGGACUACUUGUCUCUGGACUGCGGCAUCACUGCCUUUGAGCUGAGCGACUACAGCCCGGGGGAGGAGCCUGAGGUCGGCGACACGUGCCAGGAGCUAGAUCAAGUCCAGGAUGUGGACCAGAAAGCAGACUUAGAGAAGGUUGAAGAAUCCGAACUAGCAAAACACGACCUGCAAAACUGUUUAGCUGAAUUAAACGAGGCCGCAAAGCUGUCUCUGUCCUGUCAGAACCACAACACAGAGCCGUCGAUCCCAAAGACAGUCGAUCUGGUCUCAGACCAGGUUGAGAAGACCAGAGCAGGUGCGAGAACUGUUAGUCCAGUUACUGAGUGUCAUAGUCGGAGCACCCCAAAUCUUAUGGAUCCUCUGGAUCGCUCCAAGUUCUGGUUGGACCUGGGCUCAGUUGGUCCAGAAGACAGUUCUCAGUCCCCUGAGAACCUGCAGGUCAUGGACGGUCCCAGCAUUCAGAGACGUCACAUGAGACCACAGAUGGACCAGAGGAGUUCUUUCGGAGGAGACAUUGCCCCACCUUUACAGGAAGUUGCAUCUGAGACAAAUGAACACAGCGAGGUCGACUCCGACUCCUCGCCCCCAUCCCCCAUGAGGGAGCAGGUCCUGUCCUCAGACUUGGAAGCAAGUGGGGAGGACUCUGACCAUAGAUCUUCUGGCUGGAUGGCGAAGCCCAAAGAACAUAAACAGGGGGUUUCAUCAGAAACCAGUUCGGACCGAGAGCACUGGUUCGGCUCAGAGGAGUUCUUGGCACUUCCAGCUCAGCUCCACAAGAGCGACAUGCUGGUCGUCAAUCUGGAGAGUCUGGCCCACACACUGAGGUCCGCCGACCAGGAAGUUACCCGUGAGGCUUUGCAGGACGUGGACGACUGGGAUCUGACGGAGCUCAACACGGACUGGGACUCUCCCGAGAGCGCGGAUGAUGUUCCUUCUCUGUUACUCCGUCCAAACGGUCGCAACCACCCGGGCCGCUAUAGCCCCGCCUCCUCCAGCGACAUCGCGCCUUCAUUGGAUGAGUCCAGCAUCGAGUCCGGCCCGAUGAGCGAGCUGCAGUCCGAGGGGGAGGACGGCCGGAGGUCUGCCGACUGCUGCCUGUCCCCGCCGGACAGACUCAGCGGUGCGUCUCUGGUGCGACGGCUGCUGGAGGACCUUCACCGGGACCAAGACUCGGACGUGUGGAAGAAGAUGGAGAAGUUUGUGCAGCAGCUGGACCAUUUCAUCUCCUGGCUGCAGGGGGCGCUGAUCAGCACCCACAACUGGACUCAGCCCCGCCAAGACCUGGACAGCCUCACCGCCUACCUGGACACACACCUGACGUUCAAACUAAACGUGGACAGUCAUGGCGGCCUCAAAGACCGCAUCUUGGAGGACGGCACAGCGCUGCUCACCACCAUUCCUGCACACCAAUCGGGUCUCCGGGAGAUCCUCCACAUGGUCUCCAGCCAGUGGGAGCAGCUCCAGCUCCAGAUCCGCCGCCAACACGGCUGGAUGCUCCAGGCCCUCCGCGCCGUCCGGACCCGUCUGCUCAGACCCGACCAAUCAGGAGAGCCGCUUCCGAGGGACCAACUCCAGGCUGAGCUGAUGUCCAGUCGGCGAGACGUCCAGAAGGCAGCCAUGGACCAGAUGGCGGCCAAGCUGAGCAGCACGCUCGACACCCCUUCCUCCGACAGGAGGCGCUGCAGCCAGCCGGUCCACAACAGCAGCGCACAGGACUUGGAGGCGGAGUUCCAGGAGCUGUGGGAGUGGCUGAUGGACAUGGUCGCCAUGGUGACGGACAGUCAGCAGCUGAUGAUGUCAGAGGAGCAGAGGGAGCGCCUCUUCAAGAGCAGCCAGAGUGACCUGCAGGCGAUGGAGAAGAAGAAGAAGUUCCUGCAGGAAGAAGCAGAGUCUCUGAAGAGGAAGACCACUCAGCUGCCCUCCAACUUCCUGCAACACAUCAACACCCUCACACAAACCUGGACGCAGCUGGAGAACAUUCUCUCCGGUCACUCCGGGUCCGGCCAGCCACAGAGCCGGCGCCCCGCUGCCGAUGCAUGCCCCGCUGCGGCGGCGGACCCGCUCAUGUUGGAGCAGCUGCAGGCGCGCAUCAAGGAGCUGAAGGCGUGGCUGCGACACACCGAGCUCCUCAUCUUCAACUCCUGCCUUCGCCGGGACACCGCCGCCUCCGCACAGCUGGCCAGCUUCAAGUCUUUGUGUUCGGACGUACGAUCUCGGCGAAGAGGGGUCUCCUCCGUCCUCAAACUUUGCCAGAAGCUUCUCCAGCAGGACCAGUCGGGCCUGGCGGAGGCGGCGGGCCCUGAGGCGGAACAGCACCGCCAGGCCCUGCAGCUGCUGUCCAUCAACCUGGAGAGGCGGUGGGAGGCCAUCGUCAUGCAGACCCUGCAGUGGCACACCCGACUCAGGAAGGAGCUGGGCCCGGAGCAGGUCCCAAGCAACCUGCUGGAGCCUGGACUGGUUGAUCUCCACCAGCUAGUACCAGUCCAAGCCCCCGUACUGGCACCGGCUCCUGAGGACUCGUGGGAAUGGGAUGAGACAGACAUGACAAUCGCAGAACCCCAAGAAGGGCCAGAACCCGACCUCACGCACAACCUUCCAAUUUCAGAAAACCUCCUGGCAAGCCAGAACCCUGAGAUGACAUCCCAGAUGGUUCCUCCAGACAACAAGCCCAUCUACCAGGUUUAUAGCCUCCACACGGUCGAGUUCUACAGGACUCCAGAACGUCCUCAAGUGUCCUCCAAGGAGGGCGAGCGCAAGCAGCAUAUUUUCCAGAAAAGUUUGAGCAAGGACUCCACUUUCUCCUCUAUGGAGUCUCUGCCGGACCUCCUGGGUGGGCUGAUGCUCAGCGAUCGAAGGGCAAAGAGGCUCGUGGAGUCCCAGGGGGAGGGAGGCAGGGCAGGCGGCCACUCGUCCUGCAGUCGUCCAUCAGAGAGCGAAAGUGGGAUUGUCAGUGAUGGAGGAGACACUGAGACCGUUACCACCAACUAUGGAAUCCAGGGAUUUGAGGAGGAGGAAGUGGAUGAGGAGGAAGAUGAAGAGGAGGAUGUUACUAUUCUGCUCAACAUAGACGACCAAAAAGAGAGCAGAACCCAAAGAACCACAGAAGAAGAAAGGCAGGUCAGCCAUAGGACUGGAGGAAGUGAAGCUGUUGAGUUCCUGAUGAACAAAGAAUCAACUGACCCCGUCAAGCCCCUCCUGAGUCACAGCAGUUCGGAUACGCCUCCUGCCAUCCACCACCUGACUUCCAGUCCUGUUUUAUCUCAGGGCUCUUCCCUGGAGUCUCUUCUGGCUCUGGGCUUGGAUCUGUUCCCCUCCAAAGAACAUCUUCAACGCAGCGCAUCUCUGGAGAGCGGUCUGGCUACGUGUCACAGUCUGGAAGGUGACACCUGCACCAGUCUCGCCAGCCUAGUGGAGCUGGACCUGGGUCAGAUGAGGGAGUCCGGCCGUGAUGAUGACUACGGUGGUACGGCAGACCAAAGGUUUUCUGAAGGAGCUCAAGGAGAGCUGAGCAGAAGAACACUUGACCUCCUCAAGCGUCUGGAGAACAUCCAAAGUCCUCUAGUUGCCAACAUGACUCGUAGCGUGUCUGAUAUGACACUUCGAAGUAACUCUCCACUUCGUCGUCGACUUGUAGCUUCUUCUUACCUUGGAGGGCGACGUGCAGGACUGUCAAGACGUUUACGCAACGCUCCACCGCCUUUCAUCAAGGAGAACUCAGCGUCGCUAACAGAGCUGAGCAGCGCCGAAGACUCCUCCCUGGCUUCUGAGGACCUCACCGUGCUCCCUAACAAGAGGAACCUCUCUCUUGAUCAGGCCUUGGUGGCUGGUACCAAGCAUGGUUCCUUCAGGAGGUGCUGCAAGAGGAGCAGUCAGAGAGAGGAGGCGGACGCGCUCAGCUUGAGCAUGGUGGUCAAUGUGUCUUGCACCUCCACGUGCACUGACGAUGAGGACGACAGCGACCUCUUGUCCUCCUCCACCCUCACCUUGACGGAGGAAGAACUGGGUGUGCAGGACGGCGAGGAGGAGGAAAUGGACCGGUUGACCCCCGGCUCAUCUGGAAACGAGGAGGACGAGGGCGAGGGUGCAAUGGAUGACUCGUACUUGGAGUACAUGAAGAAGGAGUUGCAGGGUUGGACCCGGCCUGCUCGUAUCUCUUCCUUGUCCUCUUCAAAGACCGAGGAGGGCCUUUCGGAUGAACUUCAGUGUGGGAGCAACCCAUUCCUCUCCGCCGUGGAGCGCUACCACAUAAACUCCAGCAACCAAAAGGGAGGAGAUGAUUGUCGGCAACAGGAGGCUCAGGAGAACCUCAGGAACACUCCAAGGAGCUUCAUCAGUCACUUUGUGGAUGAUCUGGAAAACGGGAAUGUAGAGCAGAGCUGUUUAGGUCGGAAAAACCAAGAUGACCAGCUUCUCCGAGAGGAGUCCAGCGUAUUCACAAAGAGAGGAGAACCCCACAGGGAGUCCUGCUCCUUCUCGAAAGCCCAACAAGAUGUCGGUGUCUUCACCCCCACGGAUUGCACAAACCCACUUCCUUCUUCUCCGUCUUGCGAGCUCCUCCCACUCACACCGGCCUCCUCAUUGGUAGGACAGCUAAGUGGGGAGUUACCCUGCCAGAGCUCCUCCCCCUCUCCCCUGACGCCAUUGCAUGAGAAACCUGGCGCGCGGAAGGCCAUCACCAUCCAGGAGAAGUUCAAGUUCUCCUCUCUGGUAACGGAAAAGAGCAGGAGAGAGGUUCGGGACAAACAUUCCUGCCUCCCACCCAGAAAAUGGAAAAGUUCUCAUUCCUCUUGUUGCCACCACCUGAACUUGGACUCACCUUCCUCACCCUCCUCACCCUCUUCACCCUCUUCACCCUCCUCACCCUCCUCACCUUCUUCACCCCAGCCAGGUGGGAGGGAGGCCAUUCACGACUUUGUCAUGGAAAUCCUGGACUUGGCCAGGAGGGGCAAAGACACCGAGUGUGGUCCUCCUUCCUUAGCACACCUCAGAGACAAGGUGGAGCAGCACUCCCACCAGCCUCUACAACUACGCACCGGAGACUUCUACUCCUACUUGUCGCUCUCCUCGCACGACAGCGACUGCGGCGAGGUCACCCAGCGCUCCGAGGAGAGGAGCGUCACGCCGGCGCCUGACAACCGGCUUGACCUGAAGUCAUACGACGAGAGCCCGGGCCCUUCCGCCCCCCCCAGCCCAGACAUCCGGGACGAAGAGACCCUCUUUCCAGCCUGCACCGAGGAGGUCUACCUGGGUCCGCCCCUCUGCUACAGCAUGCCUCCCAAUAGAAAAACACCGAAGGGUGUAGUCCCGUCCGUCCCCGAGCCGCUUUACACCUCAUUGUCCGUCGGCGCCUCCCCUCUGGAGAGGCCCGCUGAGCUUUCCCGGUCUGGUUCUGGUGAGGACCCGCACCUCCUCAGUGAUGUCGCCGGCGGUGCGGGAGUGCGGCGGCGGGGGGAGACGAGCCCUAAUGAGGCUCCUCCUUAUCUCCAUCCCCUGAUAGACUCGCCCUCGGCAGCACGCACUAAAGCGCUUGAAUCCAAUAUUGGCGCCGUAAUGACCAAGAUAAGUGUCGGCGGCGCAGCUACAAAUCCCUCAAAAGAGCCGGCCGCUGCCGCCGCGCGUAUUAAUCCCAAAAUGAACUGCCGGCCGAUGAAAGAGGCUGAUAGAGCGGCGGGGGGGAGGCGAGACCAGGCGCACGCCGGCGGCGCCAAGCAGCCGGAGGCGACGGCGAGAGGACGGCGAGGCUCCCGACAGGACGGCAAGAUGACGAGCACGCCAGCAGCCAAGCAGCCCAGCACUGUCAAUCCAAUUGCCAGGGGGCGGAGCCAAAUACCCAUUAGACCGCCCACCUCCAGGAUGGGGCUAAUCAGAACUGGACCUGCAGGAGGCGGAACCAUCCGAGUCCAGCAGUGACAAACGCGCGCACACACACUCACACAUACGCACGCACGCACGCACACACACACACACACACACACACACACACACACACUCAACCAUUAUUGAAGAAGUAUGUCAGUGAAAGAGAAGAUUCAAGAACAGAGAAAGUGAGCAGACUGGAAUGUAACCACGUGAUCAGGUGAUCAGGUGACCAGGUGACCAUGUGACCAUGUGACCACGUGAGGUGGGUGAGGCGAAAGAAAGAGUAACGUAGACGAUAAGAGGAGUCCAAAAAAAUGGCGUUCUAGCUAUGCAACACGACCAAAUGUUGCGUUUUGUUUGUUUGUUAGUUUGUUUGUGGUGAUGUCGGGACAACAAAAGUGUGCCUUGUGUACAUUGGUGGGAGCCAGAAUGUUCCGUGUGUGUGUUUGCCGCGUGCGCUGUCCUGGUUAGCGUUAGCGUGGCGAGGUAGCCUGCAUGAUGCCUGCUGAUCCCGACGUCAUGUCUUCUCGGAUGUUUGCUAACGUUAGCCAAACGUGUCCUGCUGUCCCCCCCGCGCCCCCCACUCCGCCACCGGCAUGCUAAGCUAGGCUAGGCUAACGCUCAAUAAAAAGAUGAAAUCCUCAGCU